AUGGUCGAAGGCGCUGACCAUAACUCGGCACCGAUCCCAGAGCUCCCCGAACUGACGUUUCGUCCUACUGAUGGUCGACAUACGAACUACGACGACCCUGUAGUCGUCUCUAUCCAAUUGGGAGACCUUAUUGUUCGGAAGGCAUUGCUUGAUCCAGGAAGUAGUGCUGAUGUACUUUUUUUUGCAACAUUUCAAAAAAUGAAAUUGAGCACUAACAUUUUGCAGCCAUAUUCAGGAGACUUGGUCGGAUUCUCAGGAGAACGAGUGCCCGUCAUGGGGUCUGCAUGGUUGCAGACUACACUAGGCGAACAGCCAUUAUCCAGAACACAGGACAUUCAGUACCUGAUCGUAGACUGUUUUAGCCCUUAUAACGUUAUCUUAGGGAGACCUUUUUUAAAUAGAUUUGCUGCUAUUGUUUCUACUUAUCACCUUUGUGUCAAGUUCCCUGUGCAGGAUAACGUUGUCGCAACCAUACAUGGUGAUUUGCAAGAAGCUCGGCAAUGCUAUAACGUAAGUCUGAAACCCAUCAGAAGAAACACUGAAACUCGGGUCAAUUCAAUACAAUCCAAGCAGCCAAUCUUGACCGAAUUAGACCCAAGGGCCGACUUUCAAGAACGUCCCAUGCCUAAUGAGGAUCUUCAAAAAGUCGCUUUAACCGACGAUCCAUCAAAGUUCACAUACAUCGGAACGUCAAUGGACGACGACGCUAGGAUAACGAUGACCAAUUUCUUAUGUGCGAACGCUGACCUAUUCGCAUGGACUUCGGGAGACAUGCCGGGGAUUAGUCCGUCAGUAAUCACACACAAGUUAGCUGUCAGUCCAGCAGCCCGACCAAUUUCCCAAAAAAAGAGAAACCUCGGCGCCGAGAAACGAUCAGCCUCCAUGUCAGAAGUUAACAAGCUCCUUGAGGCGAAAUUCAUUCGCGAAAUUAGAUUCACCACAUGGUUGGCCAACGUCGUCAUGGUAAAAAAGAAUAAUGGUAAAUGGCGCAUGUGCGUCGACUUUACUGAUUUAAAUAAAGCAUGUCCAAAAGAUGCCUAUCCUUUACCUUGCAUAGAUACAUUAGUAGAUAACUCCUGUGGGUAUGACACUUUAAGUUUUAUGGAUGCAUAUUCGGGUUAUAAUCAGAUCCUUAUGCAUCCAUCAGACCAAGAAAAAACGGCUUUUAUAACUGAAUAUGGUAAUUACUGCUUUAAUGUUAUGCCUUUCGGUUUAAAGAAUGCAGGGGCAACGUACCAAAGACUGAUGAACAGGGUUUUUGAGCAGCAAAUAGGCAGAAAUAUUGAGGUUUACGUCGACGACAUGGUCGCCAAAACAAAGGUCGGCGAAUCCCAUAUACACGACCUGGAAGAAAUAUUUGCUCAAAUCAGAAAAUAUAACAUGCGACUGAACCCCGAGAAGUGUGCCUUCGGUGUCAAAGGCGGAAAAUUCCUCGGAUUCAUCCUGACAAGUCGGGGUAUUGAGGCAAACCCCGAGAAAUGCCAAGCAAUACUCGAUAUGCAAAGUCCAAAGACGACAAAAGAUGUUCAACGGCUAACAGGAAGAUUAGCGGCAUUGUCAAGAUUCUUGCCUUGCUUGGCCUUCAAAUCUUUCAACUUUUUCCAAUGUUUAAAGAAAAAUACGAAGAGCUUCUUCUGGGAUGAAAAAUGUGAAGAAGCAUUUUUAAGCUUCAAACAUUUCCUCUCCAAACCACCCGUUUUGCAGAAACCAAAGCUCGGCGACCCAUUAUACUUAUACUUGUCUGUCACUGAGUUCGCCAUUAGUUCUGCUCUUGUUACAGAAAGCAACAAAGACCAGCAGCCAGUAUAUUUCGUGAGCAAGACAUUACAAAAUGCGGAGCUGCGAUACCCGAAGCUUGAAAAGCUCGUCCUGGCACUGAUAUUCUCGGCAAGACGUCUCCGACCUUAUUUUCAGAGUCAUACAAUUAUUGUCCGAACAGAGCAUCCACUUCGACAGAUACUCUCUAAACCUGAAUUAGCAGGGCGAAUGACUAAAUGGUCUAUUGAACUCUCCGAGUUCGACAUACAAUUUCAACCUAGGGGAUCUGUUAAGUCACAAUGCCUGGCCGACUUUGUCGCAGAGUUUACUGACACUUCUUCCGAGGAAAGAAGUCGGCUCUGGACGCUAUUUGUAGAUGGAGCUUCAAACCCUCAAGGGGCAGGAGCUGGAGUAUUGUUAGAAAGCUCGGAUGGUAUAAUCCUCGAACAUUCUCUCAGAUUUUCAUUUAAAGCCAGCAAUAACCAAGCAAAAUAUGAAGCCCUCAUAGCUGGGCUCAGGUUAGCCACUGAUUUACAUGUUGAUUAUUUGAAGGUUUACUGUGAUUCAUUAUUAGUGGUACAACAAGUAAAUCAAAGUUUCCAAACAAAAGAUCCAAUUCUUUUGAAGUAUUUGAAUAUUGUUCGGAACUUGUUAAACAAAUUUUCUAAAAUAGAAAUCACCCAUAUACCUAGAGAACAAAACCAUAGGGCAGAUGUCUUAUCCAAAUUAGCAACAACGCAAGCACACACUGCCACACUUUUACAAUCAACCUUAGACAAACCGAGUAUUGAGUCAGCAAAAAUUCUAAACACCUUAAGUAAAGAUAGUUGGCAACAACCUUACAUUCAAUACCUCCGCAACGGCUCUGUUCCGGAGGAAAUUGAAAACAAAGGUAAAUUCAGAAGACAAGCUUCUUUUUUCACCUUGAUAAAUAACACUCUGUAUAGGCGAGGUUAUUCUCGACCAUUAUUGAAAUGCCUAGACAGGUCAGAAGCCGAGCUUCUCUUGGCCGAGGCCCACGAAGGAAUCUGUGGCAUACACUGUGGAGCUCGGAGCUUGGCCCAGAAAGCUCUUCGAGCAGGAUUUUAUUGGCCGACAAUAUGGGAGGACAGUAAGCAUAAAGUCAGAACCUGCGACAACUGUCAGAAGCACUCACCGAUCAUUAAUAUGCAUGCCGAACAUCUCCAUCACUCAACAGUAAGUUGGCCGUUCAAUCGGUGGGGAAUAGAUAUACUCGGCCCCUUCCCCACUGCUCCGAGGCAGGUAAAAUUUUUGGUAGUUGCAGUAGAUUACUUUUCUAAAUGGAUUGAGGCACAGCCACUUGCAAAAAUUACCUCAUCACAAAUGAUAAGUUUUGUCUGGAAAUAUAUAAUUUGUAGAUUCGGUAUACCAGGCCAUAUCGUAACCGAUAAUGGUCGACAGUUUAUUGAUAGCACUUUCAAAGAAUUUUUACAGAAUUUAAAAAUAAAGCAGCACUUCUCAUCUGUGGAACAUCCGCAAUCCAACGGCUUGGCAGAGGCAGCAAAUAAGAUCAUCCUUCAGGCAUUGAAGAAAAAACUUGACAGCGCAAAAGGCCUGUGGGCCGAGCUUAUCCCUGAAGUUUUAUGGGCAUACAACACAACAAUCCACUCCACGACCAAGGAAACUCCGUUCAGACUAGUCUACGGAUCCGAAGCAAUGAUUCCAAUGGAAGUGUCUCAAGGCUCCAUGCGAACAUUAGCCGAAGAUCAUGAAAAAGCUCGGCAAGAAGAGCUUGACCUAAUUGAAGAAAUUAGGGAAACAGCAGCAAUUCGGCACAAAGCCCUGCAACAACAAGUGGGCCGACGAUAUUCUAGGAAGGUUGUCCCAAGAUCGUUCCACACCGGAGACUUAGUACUCCGUAAAACUGAGCAAGCUCGCCGACCCCCUUCUCAUGGAAAGCUCGCCGCAUCCUGGGACGGCCCGUACCAAGUAGUUGAGGUAUUAGGCCGAGGAGCGUACAAAUUGGAACAGUUAGAUGGCACACAAAUUCCAAACACAUGGAAUAUCAACUCUUUGAAGCAAUAUUACAGUUAA